AUGUCCCAAAUCCCGGUCACAGAAGUCUGCAUCAUCGACCUCAAAGCCCCGUACGACCUCAAAGACCCCUCCACUCCCGAAGGUGCCAUCUGGGCAUCCUCCAUCUCCACCCUGAAAAAAUGUCCCGGCUUCCGAGACAUUUACACCAGUAGCGUCGUCGAGGAUAGGAGCAAAGCCCGCAUGUUUCUUAACUGGGACAGCAAAGCAGACCACCUCUCCUUCUACGACACGCCCCACUUCCCGGCCUUCCGCGCCCAACUGCUCUCCCUCUGCGCCGUCCCGCCGAUCCCGAUCCACGUCCUCUUCCACCCCGCGCAGCCCAAGACCCUACAGGCCCCCGUCACCGAGGUCGUAAUGGCCUACUUUCCCCCUCGCCAUCACGACGGAGCAAAAGGAGAAGUGGGAAUCUACAUGGCAGGGAUUCGUGACGAGGGUGGGGGAGGGAGGUGGAGGGGGUGA